AUGGGGCCGGCGGCAAAAAGGAGAAAGGUGGCCAGUAAAGUCGAAGAAGUUACCUUCGACGCUGCCGACCGCCAGCAGUUUCUCACAGGCUUUCGCAAGCGCAAACAACAACGCAUUAAACAUGCACAAGAGAUAGCUGAGCAAAAGGCUCGUGAAAUAAAGCGAGAGGAGCGCAAAAGGAUUCGCGAAGAGCGAACCGCAGAAUUCCAACGCGCUCUUGAGGAGCAUAAACGACAACUCAAGAGACUGAAGGAGGAGGAGGAGGACAGUGACGAAGACAAUUCGAGUUCGGGAAGUGAGGAUGAAGGCGACCAGGAGUGGGAAGGAUUCGAAGAACCACCAGCUGUGGAUUACGAGGCCGAAUACAUAGACGAAGACAAGUACACAACGGUCACCGUGGAGGAAAUGGACCCUUCCAGGGAAGGUCUACUGCGAUCGGUAGGCAAUGAAUCGGACGAGGAGGGAGUGGAGCAGACAGAGACGAAACCUGCACCAGACACCAACUCAAACCCGGCAGGCGACAAGACAAAGAAGAAGAAGACCGAUAACAAGCCGAAAAAGAAGAAGAAGAAGUUCCGCUACGAGACUAAAGAGGAACGCAAGCUUACAAGGGUGAAGGAGCGCGCGGCAAAAUCCAGGAAGGCACAGGCUCGACGAGACCGCUCAUAA